GAGUAUGAGUGUACGGGAUGGCACGAUCAAGCAUCCGACAGCAGGACUGCAGAGAGCGGGAAGCCUCCAGAUGUGAAUUACAACAGGGUAUGUGUAACUGCGUGAGCAGUGUCGCUCGGAGACUGUGGUCAACGAUUGUAUUGCUAUCUGUUGUCGUGUUGUGAUGUUCUGUCCCAGAAGCUCUCAGCUCUGGGGUAAGCGCACUUGCCCAUCAGGCACUACCUGCUACAAUAGGAUAUCGUGUGAUCUAAGCCACGUGGUCACAGUAUGCCCCUGUAAAACGUACGCUCCAACAGUACUGAAAACAUCGCAGACGAACAGUGCGUUCAUUGAUCCUCUUAUGGGUGACAUGGCACGAUUUCAAAUCCCAGAUUUUACAGUGCCCGGCGCUUAUUUCAGCCCUCUCACGUCACCCGUACUCAAUACGCACUCUCAAAGCGCGACAGGACACUCCCCAAUCAAUGUUUACAUUGAUUUGUUGGGCAAGCCCGAUACAGCCCAGCCGGCAGAGCAUAGAAGAUUCAGAACAAAGAAGGAUCUGACUGGGACAAUACCAACGGACUGCGUACAAAAGUCGCCCAUUGUGAAUCCUGGCAGACGGAAGAAUACAAUCUCGAUGCAGCCGAAAGCACCAUAUCGAAUUUCCGCAACAGAUCUAGCAGAGUCCGCGGUCACUAACCUCGCCCCAAGAAUGUCUGGUGAAAUGAUUUCCUUGCAGCCAGCGGUACCGUCGCACUCGGUGGACGUCUUGAGCUCAGAGUCCGCUUCCUCAAGCGACCUCAGCCAGCGCUUAGGCAGCCACUCCUCACCGAGUUUCAGCCGCCAACAUCUGGUAGCGCAGAGCAAUCAAGGUGCUACGCCUAUCACACCUGCUUCUCUCAUGCGUAUACGUUCUUCGCCACAUUGAUGCUUCGAUGAAUGUACAGCCCCUACCAAAAGGCCUUACUCUACCAGAAGUGACGCUAGAAACGAGAUCUUCGUCGUCAAAAAUAGAAAGGGCAUUUUGCAAUGGUAAACAAGACACACAUUUGAGGACAGCUAGCUAGGAUGAGUGUCAGAGUGAUUGCAUCGGCGUCGAUUUGCACUCAGCA